UUCGAAAAAGCAUAGAGUCGAAGUUUCAGAUAUUUUUUAUCAUAGAAAACUGAACGGAUCACUGAUCUGGAAACAUGAUACGUGACUGCAAAAGAAAUAGCAGAACAAAAUAAAAUGUGGUCGUCAUGUGAUCGUCGUGUGAACUUUUUUGUGAACUCCUCAUGCUCUCCACUCCAUGAUGUUUCUCAGAUUUCAGGCCUGAGCCAGACAUCGUAGCCACAACAUGUGCAAGCUUUGAUACUGACCAGUCAUCACCAACAAUCUCAGCAUCAUCGAUUGGCUCCUAGACUAAUUGGGAAAACUGUCACCAUGUACAAUGUGAAAAGGUAUAUUCACAAUGUUCCCCUUUUCCUAUCCUGCCUGGCGUCAACUUUACUGAGGAUGGAGCACUUGUGGAUGCCUGGCUGUGGAUUUCCCGGGCUUAAAGGUAGGACAAUUAUCUAUUCUAUUCUUCCUUUUUUUGACUGUUUGGUGGCGUUGGUUAUAAAUCGUAACGGAGUACGAUUAUUCCUGAGCUAGACGGUUGACUCUUAUUGACUGCCAGUUUUCUCUUGCCGCUUCUGUUAUCUCAAUCUGGGAUAAUUCAAUAAUUUAUUUGUAGACGAUUGAACUGCAUUGCGAGUUUGCGACUGCACAUCAGGCUUGUUUUAUACUUCACAACUUGUGUCUGUGGGCAAACAAUCAAAUUGAAAAAAAUUGUUUAAUUUUAAGCACUUCAAACAAUGUGCAAAGUCUAUAAAAUUGUAUGCCCAAGAGGGACCUGCCGCCACACCGGCACCCUCCUCGUUACUCGGCAAGUGGGCCAAUCAUAAGAGGUAGACCGACAGAUUUAAGAAUAAACUGCCUUAAUUUUGAUUGUUUACGAACUGAUAGGUUGAACUGUGAAUUUUUUGUAUACCAAACGAGGUAUACUUUCGUAUGGAUUUUGUAUUCAAAAGAAAACCUUUUGCUUUGAAGUUGCGCCCCUUUGCCCCUAGACUACCAGAUGCGUGACUCAUAUACACACUUUUUCCUGAUUGAAAAUAUGUGUAGUAGGAAGCGACGUUUUAAACCCGCGCAGUCGACGCGUAUUGCUUGCUAUAAGGGGUAAAACGAAAUCCCUCGCGUAGUUUUUGAGCAACUGUACGUUUAUUAUGACUUACUUGACACAUGAGUAACACUGUGAAAUGUUUAGAUUAGCGGGAAAAGUCGCCGAUUCAAAAGAAAUUUCGGUUAUUUCAUUUAGAGCAAUGGAAGAAGUGAACUCGGCUUUUGUCGGAGACGAUGGGCAAGUGGGGGACAUUGGCGAGCCCGUAACGUCACCAAGAACACCGUCUGUGAAACACGAAAUCGACUAUUCGACAGCAACAAAGAGACCACAGAUAGGAGCUGCUCUUGCCGCGGCUUUUAGUGCCUUCCUACUGGGAACAACGUUAGGUUGGUCGUCACCCGUUCAGCCACAACUGCAACACAUUGCUGCUGGGAGUUUCUACCCGAAUGAUAAGCAACUCGCAAAUAUUUGGCACAUAGAACUGGACGAUAACCAAAUGUCGUGGGUUGGUUCAUUGUUGAAUAUUGGCGGUAUGCUCGGAGCUCUCAGCGGAGGAUUUUUAAUGGACAAAUUUGGCCGUCGAUUUGUCCUGAUGAUGAUGAUGAUGAGUGCACCGUACAUCAUUGGAUGGCUGAUGAUUUCACUUGCUGUUGACUCAAGUAUGUUGUAUGUCGGCCGUGUCAUUGUUGGUUUUUCUGGAGGCGUUUGUACGGCCAUUGCCCCUUGUUACAUUGGAGAGAUAUCAACCCCCACCAUGCGAGGAAUAGUGGGUUUUUUCUUUACGUUCAACCUGUCAUGCGGUGUACUGGUUACUAGUGUGAUGGGAUUAUGGAUGCACUGGCGCUGGUUAUCGGUCAUUUGUACAAUCAAGCCCAUAAUUUUCAUAGUGGGCAUGAUAUGCGUUCCCGAAUCGCCAUAUUUUUUAAUGAGGAAAGGGCAGCAAAGUGAAGCUUUUGGAUCUCUUGUCUGGCUCCGGGGAUCUACCUACAACAUUAAAGCAGAAUUACAUCAAAUAGAAACUCGAGUUCUCGAAGAUUCCAAAGAAACUUGCAAAAUUUCCGACGUCUGUCAACCGUGGGUGUUUAAACCUAUUCUGAUUGGAGUAGCAUUGAUGGUAGUUCAACAGUUCUCUGGACUGAACGCCUUGUUGUUUAAUGCCGCAGAUAUUUUUAGGUUGGCAAAUUUCAGCUUUGAUCGUCUCAUAGGCGUAGUUUUGAUAAAUGUUGCACAGGUUUCAGCAGUGGUUUUGUCUUCCGCCGUACUUGUAAAAAGGCUGAAUCGAAGAACGUUGUUCAUCAUCUCAGAGGGAAUAGCUUGUCUUUCAACGCUUUUAAUGGGUUUCUAUUUUCAUUAUUCGGGUCGUCCACAUUCUCAGGAGAUGGUCAACUUUAAAUGGAUUCCAUUGACCGCUAUGAUUGUCUUUUCUAUGGCCGUAGGUUUAGGAUUGGGAGCACUUCCGUGGCUCAUAUCCAGUGAAAUUCUACCGCCAAGGUUCAGGGGACCUGGAAGCUCGAUUGUCGCUUUCACUAAUUUUGCGAUGUCAUUUACAGUCACGAAAACAUUUGUCGACAUGAAUCGGGUCAUGACACACGCUGGUGUGUUCUGGUUUUACUCUGGGGCCUGUUGUUUGGGCAUUAUGUUCGUCUUGUUUCUCCUACCUGAGACGAAAGAUCGGACACCACUUCAGAUCCAAGUUUAUUUCAGAUCCCGAGAGAAGCGUAUUUCUUCGUUACCAAUUUUGACACCUAGAUGAUUUCUUUUGAAGUUACUUUACCCAUUGAUAUUCAUAUUUGUUAAUUGAUCGAUGGUAGUAUUUAAAUAACACGCAAGUGUCUUUCUCUUGCGACUUUUGUUUGUAAAGCUGUCUCACAAACAAAGGCGGAAUAAAAAUGGUAGGAAUAGUCUUA